CGAAACACACGCAUAUAUUUUAUAAAGUAAAACGUAUUUUAUCAAGGACAAGGGAAAAUAAAAAAGGAAACAUUUUGGUGUGAAAGUUUUUUUAUUUUUAUUUUUUAUACCUUUCUGAGUGUAUGUGUCUGUGAAGAGUGUUUAUUAGAAUGCCAUCAGAAGCUGAGGCUGAGGCCGCAAGUGGUUUAUUACCAAAUGAACGUGGUCCAACAAUUUUACGAGUAUCACCUGGAUUAAAUUUAUCAUGGCCAGCAAGUGAUGCAAAUUUAACAUAUACCAUACCUCAUGGUAUGCUUUUAUGGCCAUGGUGUGAUUAUUGGAAAGAUCCUCAACAUAUCCUGUAUCAUUUAGCGAAUGCGUGCUUUGUAAUUGCAUAUGCAUCAACCAGUUCGAUGAAAGGGACAUUAUUUAUGCAUUCCGUUUUAAUAUUAGGUUUUAUGUUAUUUGCAACAUGGUCAUGGAAUGUGAUAUGCGCUCCAGAUGUAUUUUCAUGGAAUUUUGCAUUUAUGAUAUUAAAUAUCGCACAAGUUGUAUAUAUUAUUUAUCAAAUGCGUCCCGUAAAAUUUGAUCCAGAACUAGAAGAAGUUUAUCAAAAUUUAUUUUAUCCUUUUAAAGUAUCCAGGUUACAGUUUAAACGAAUGGUUGGUACAGAUUUUGCUACAGUAAUGUCCUUGCAUGCUGGUGAAGCUUAUGCCAUGCAAAAUCUAACAAAGACUGAUAGAUUAGGAUUGUUGUUAUCGGGAAAAGUCAAUGUACUAUCUGAUCAUCAAUUUCUACAUCCAAUAUUGCCUUGUGAAUUUUUAGACUCUCCAGAAUUCGAAUCGAGUCGUUCUGGUGUUGAUGAUAAGUUUAAAGUGUCAAUUGUAGCAGCUAGUACAUGCCGUUAUUUAUAUUGGCAACGAAGUGCCCUUGAAUAUUUAUUCGUUAAAGAAACAUAUAUUGCAACCGUAUUAACAACAUUAAUUGCACGUGAUAUUACAACCAAAUUAUAUGCAAUGAAUAAUAAAAUUGUUACAGAAAAAGGUUCACAUUUAGAUAUUCGAUUACCAAGUAUUACAUCAUCGUUAACAUCUGCCGGUGAAUAUAAAUCACCAGCGAAACGACGUAAAAAUAAUAUUAUCGGAAAAUGUAUGCUAUCACCAGAAUCUGCAUACACUGCUUCCAGUCGUGAACCACUUUGUGAACGGAUGAAUAUGAAAGAUAAUGUUGGAUACAUGUCAAAUGGGCGAUUAAGUGAAAUGGAACCGUUAACAGAGUUACCAUCAAAUGAUGAUCUUACAUCGAAUGGUGUUGAAAGUUGGUUAGAAACAAGUUCGAAAUAUCAUAGUUGUGAGCUAGUUGACGAUGAAGAUGAUUUAAAUGACGAAUAA